UAACACUGUCUCUGCCGCCGCGAAUCGACUCACUCCAGUCCACGUGAACAAAUUUGGGCAAUGUGCGGUUCUCAAACUCAUGAGAUAAAGUGAUAGAGAAGUGCACCGGAGUGACGACAGCCAAGUUUGAAUUCGCGAGUGAUUUGCGAGUAGACGGGACGCCUAAACUGUGCAGCUGGCAAUCGGCCGAAUAAAACCCUAUUGGGGAAUCUGUGUUUGUGUUGGUGCUGCAGACGCGGCGCUCAACAUGUGAGGUUAAAGCAGACGGGCAAACAGACUGCGGCGACAAACCUGACAACAAAUCGCUCCAGCAAGAGCCCCAAAUCUCUGGGAGGCGUGGUCCGGAGCCACCACAGGUGCGAUUUGAGAAGUUUUUGCGGUAUUUAAUAAAACUCAUAAUGGAUUCCCGAAUGCUGAAUGCGUUCCAAGAAGAUCCCUUCGAGGGAAACUACGUAAAAUACGAAACUGAGCCGAAUUUUUGGUCAUCUAACGAUGAUCUACAACUGACAGAUACUCUUGACGGCAUUCUGCCUAUCGCGCCUACAGACGAGUUACUGCUCAGUCACAACCGGGAAGACGAUCUGCAAAACAGAAAGAACCUGCUGAUCUACAGUGGCUUUGUGGAGCAAGAACUGGGCGACCGGGAUGCCAAUGUGCUAAAUGCCCAGGUCUACCAGGCCAUUACGGACAGCGAGGUCGAGGUAGCCUACGAACAGCAGCGCCAGAUAAAUGCUAUAGUCGAGUAUGACACGGAAGACAUCGACGGAGGGGAUCAUACAGAGGAGGAGGACAUACAGAGCCAGUACAGUGUCUCCACAUUUCGCACCCGCACGGACAGCUCCUCGAUUGGUGACUAUGAGUCGCACUCCAGUGACUACGAGGACGAAUACGACAUUAACGAGGACGAGGAGCAGGGUCAAAUUAUGCCCGCUGUCGCGACUUUGCAAAGCUCUAGCGAGCGGAAAAAUCGAACGCUUAGUACUAACACCGUAAUCUCGGAAGUAGACGCAUUCGGACUUAAUAUCGAUGUGAAUAACUUUGACUUAGCUGACUUUAUAACCAAAGACGAUUUUGCGGAUAAUUUUAACGCGUGCCAAAAAGAGUCUCUACGAGCACUGGAGCCACCUAAACCUGAUACUGCGACCGUGGCUUCCUUAGUGCUUCCGCCUCCUUUGGCCAUGACUGCACAAAAACCCAAAGCACUUUCCUCAAGGACGCGGGACUCUGAUUAUGACUCGGACUCGAUAAUCGACGUUGAAACUGUCGAUGUUAUUGAUGUGGAUGAAACUGAAUGGUUAACAGGUCAGCUCACAGAAGCAGGCCAAGCUACCAAUGACUUGCGCUACGUGGACAAUGUAAAGGCCGACCCUUCCUGGUGUCCCAAGUCCACGAAGAAAUCUGUGUCCAAUGUUAAAGAGAAUAAGCAGGCGCAGUUGGAAACCCAGCCAACCGCUUUGAAUAAACCGAAGCCGGCCAACAUUUGCCUGGUGCCUAAUAAAAAACAGUGCGAUUUUCUCAAACGUAAGGUUGGAGCUUCCUCAUUGCCCAAGCCACCCAAGAUGGCAACUAAAAAAGUAAAGGAGGUGUCGAAGCUAAUCAGCAGCAAGCAGCCGACAUCGAACAGAAAUCCAUGUAAGGGUCUAGGCUUGGGUGGCAAAAACCUAGCGCUUUUGAAGCAGGAGAGAGAAGCCGCGAUAUCGGCAAAUGCGGCAGAAAUACAUUCGCCAACACCAUCUGCCGCAAUUACACAGACUCCAGCGCCGAUUACGGCCCCAAAGCGAAAGCUCAAUCUAGAAGAGUACAAACAACGACGUUCUGGCGGCGUUUGCAACGCAAAAACAAAGCCGACUCCCCCGAAGCAGGCGAAGCUUGAAGAUGCUAGCAAAUUCACCUCUCCUUCCCCAGUUCUCAAGCCUACGCCAUCGCCUCAGAAGGCUGCCAUAGCCAAUAUUGUGAACAGCCUGAAGUGCCCCAGCAAAGAAACGGCCACAGUGCCCCUGGAUCCCAUAACCGUGGCAAAGAACAAAGUGCUGCGCAUGAUUGAAAUGAAGCGGGCUCAACAGUUAAAGAUCAUCGACUCCCGGGUAACAGCGAAAGUGCCACGUGUAACAAAGUUGCCGCCACUCAAGGACAUUGUCAAGGACACCUACUGCAUGGAAUCUGAGGAUCCAACUACGGCGGUGGUUCGUCCUCCCAGCAACAAAAUCCACCCGGACUAUGAGGAGAUUAUUAUUGUUUCAGCUAGUUGCAACACAGACAUAACGAUACCGCCGAAUCAACUAAGCAAAGCUUCUCCUCGAUCUCUUUUAAAGUCAUCGGUUUUGCUGUACAACAUCUCGAACGGCCAAGAUGGCAACAAGAACAUAAGCAACUCUCUUAUAGCGAGCAUACAAAGCGAGGUCGUAAGACAAACCAGUAGCACUACACUCGCGACGAUUCCGAGCAAUGCACAACCUAAAGGCUCGUCCGAAAAAAAUGUUCAGCAUGGCGAGGACAUGGUCAUUAUGCACUUGCCCAAAGAUCGAAUGCGCAAAACUCUGGUCAGCGCUGCUACCCAAACUGAUUUGCAACCCGAAUUUCCACUUUUGACGCUGCCGCCCAACCGACAGUCUCGAGAGCGAACGCGACGGACUUACCGCAAGCGACGAAACCAUGGUUCGGGCUCGAAUGAGUCUAGUUCUUCAAGUGGUUCAUCAGACUCGGACUGUGGCAGCUCGGUGUCGUACAGAUCACGCUCACGAUCCGAUUCAAUCGAGCAGCUGCGCAGCCUGGAUGCAGCAGUCACUUGCGGGGGAAGCAGUAUUGGAAACGGUGGCUAUUCUUCUCGCAGCACACAUCGUCAUCGGAGUUCUGUUAGCUCUUCAUCAUACUCAGAGGCAGGCAAAUAUGAGCGCAGACAACGCCGCACUAGCUAUAACAAGAGACGUUCCAAAAACCAAAAGCGGGCCAGCGUGUCUUCCUCUUGUUCCGGCUCUGAGAACAGUGAUCGCAAUCGCAGUCGCAGUCCGCAUCGCAAUCUGCGUCGCUCGCGUUCGCGCUCAAAAUCUGACACGCGCUACGGCAACAAUACCUGUUCCAAUAACAACAAUCGACGCGGAUUUAUGGAUCGCAACGUAUCGCAACCGGCCGUAGAGGAGCGGCGAAUUGUUUACGUCGGUCGCAUUGAGCAGGAGACUACCAAGGAACUGCUGCGGCGUAAAUUUUUACCCUAUGGAAACAUAAAGCAGAUAACAAUACAUUACAAAGAAAAUGGAAUGAAGUACGGAUUUGUUACGUACGAAAGGGCGCAGGACGCUUUCACGGCCAUCGACACGAGUCCUAGGGACUCGCAAAUUAACAUGUAUGACAUCAGCUUCGGUGGGAGACGCGCUUUCUGUCGCGCCUCGUACGCUGACUUGGACAAUGCUGGUAUUAACAAUUAUCACUCAUAUGUGUUUCCCAAGGAGACACCAACACCGAAAGUACAGGAGGAGGAUUCCUUUGAAGCUUUGUUGCUUAAAGUAAAGGCAAAGUUAAAUGUUGGCAAGCCAUCAGGAGCUGCACCUGCUCAGGAGGCACAAUCAACUCCAGUUUCUUUGCCACAGGACCACAGUCAAAUGUGACAUUUUGGCAGAAACCUGUCGAACUUCUUUAAUUUAAUUUUUCUGAAAAUUUGAAGUUUGUUACAAGUAUCCUCUUACAACUCUUACAACCUUUGCAUAAUUUUAGACCAAUCCCCGAAGUUUCUAGCUGUAUAACUGAAAAGCCUGAUUAUGAUUGAUAAUUUAUCGUAAAAUAGUUGACAGAGCUAUGCAUUGCAAGCAAUAGAACUAUUGCAAUAUACACUAGAAUAAUUCUAAUAACCGAGAAUGAAAGCUAAAUACAAAACAACAAAUUGAAAAGAAAAUGGAAUUGUGAUAAUCGCAUAAUGCAUACAAAGUCAUUUUUGCACGUAAGUUAGCAGAAGAUCCAUAUAAAUAGAUAAAUCCAAUCAUGAAAGCUUUGUAACAAUCUGUCUAACCACCAAACCAAUGGAACUGAAAAAAAAAAAACAGCCACCACUACAAUAAUAAAAAAUCAAAUACAUAAAAAAUCAUACAUAUAAAUUAAUUAUGUAUUUUGAGAGCAAGGAACGCGCAUGCAGCAUGCGUCGGCCACGAAUUAAACUGUUGAUAACUAAACUUUGAUAUUAGUUUGUAAAGAGCAUAUUUUGUACGUAAUUUUAAUUUACUCGGUAAUUUUUGAAAAGCAACAAUAGCAACCACAAAUGCUUUAUCUAAAGCUAUUAUGAAAUCUUCAACAUAUAGCCUAAAAACUAUCAGAUAGGCUUGUUUUGCUUUUUUAAUUAAAAAAACAUGCAAUGACUUUAAAAUCGUUGUCUGCUGUUACCUAUUUCCUCGAUUAUUUAGUUAAAACCAACUGAGGUCAAACAAUCUUCUUAUGUUUAUAAAAAUUAACUGCCGAAGAACACUGCAAAAAUAUUUGUAAAAUAAGAGCCAUAAGGAAAGUGUGUUUGGACGCAGUAACAAAUUGUUUUUUAGUAUCUUUUUUACUUGAUAAUAAAUCCUUGCUAGUUUCAGAGAAAUAAAAUAACUCUGAUCUUGUA